UUUAUCUCUUUCAUUGCAGAAGUAGCAGAAUUCCAGUAGUGCACUUGAGUUUCAGCAUACCGGCCUUUGACUACAAAAUAAGUGUUUCCCAUUUAGGGAAGCCCAGGCCAACCUAGUGCAAGCUGUGUGUAAAAUCACUUUUUCAAUGAAAAUGAGAAGUGCCAAAUCUGUGAACCUUCACCUCUGCAAAACCACAGUGCGCCCUCCUUCGAACUAUGCACUGCUCUCAAGGAUUGUUGGCUUUGUGCUGAACAAGCAUUCAAUAUUAAGUCAGUGAAGUGUUUGUGAGUUUUUUAUUUAUCAUAAAAAUAUGAAGCUUUUGGAGAACUGCAGAUUUGAAGCUGUCAACAGCGCCUUGUCAGCACAAUUGGGUGAUUACAAGCUCUGUGGGCGAAUUGAGAGCUAUUCCUGCAAGAUGGCAGGCCAAGAUAAGCAACUCUUCAAAAGGAUGAAUAUUGAUGGAAGUCCAAGUGAUUUGCAAGCCCUCUCUCCACCUCAGGCAUCACGGUUGAGUGCAUCUCCUUCCCUGUCAAGGUCUGUAAGCAGUGACAGUGAUGGGAGUGGAAUGCUAUGUGAUGCCAUCAGUCGUAAGACCCUAUUCUACCUCAUAUCCACUCUCAACAGUGCAUUUGGCCCCGAUUAUGAUUUCUCUGCCACCAAAUCUGAGGAAUUUAGUCGGGAGCCUAGCCUGCAGUGGGUAGUGAACAACGUUGACAGUAAUCUAAGUGCCACUGCAUCAGAGGUCUAUGGUCCCUUGAGGAAUAUCCUAUGGUCCACGAUUGAUGAGGAGAUCAACUUGUCUGAAUGUGACAUCUACAGUUACAAUCCAGAUCUAGUGUCUGAUCCAUUUGGAGAGGAUGGAUGCUUGUGGUCCUUUAACUACUUCUUCUAUAACAAGAAGUUGAAACGAAUAGUGUUUUUCACCUGCAGGGCCCAGAGUGCCAAUGCACCUGGAUACUAUGAUGGCGUCAGCUCGGCCUUGCAGGAUGAAUUGGUCCUCUUCGAUGGAGAUUAAAGGAGUGAGAGGGAGUUGCAGACAUGGAUCAGAAAUGCUGCAGCGUAUUGAAAAUGAAAGUACAAGCUAGCUUUCUCAUCCUACGCCCUUUUUUUAUGAAUGUUUUCUCCUAAGUUUUUGAAUCUCCCUGGGGGAAUCCCACCAAGUAGAUACUUAGAAGUUCCCAUCUCUCUUUUAUUCUUCCUCAUACUUUUUUUUUGCAUCAUUAAGACUAAGGAGAAUUGUAAUUUCCUAGAUUUGAGGAAUACUCUGUCUUGGACUACUAGUCCUGAUGUGUGACAUUUUUUCUGUUGCACCAUUAAUGCUUAAUUUCUUGAGCCUUAUUUACCUGGUGAUUUGCAAAUUUGGGAUUGUCCCAUCCUGGUUCCAAGAAAGCUUAUUCCUUAAUAUUGUGUUCUAAUGUCAUAGCUUCUAUGUUCUGAAAAAAGGGUCCAAUUCUAAUGUGAAAUAGUUAGAUUUUUACCCUUUCAGAGAAACUUACAUCUUCUGGAAUCAUGUAAGAAGCCCCCCCCCCAAACUGAAACUGAAGCGCUUGGAUCUUGAAUUCAAGACAUGGUGAGGAUUGUAUCAAUGCACCAUCAGAACAUGUUUUGUACUCCAGAGACUGGUCUCAUGAGAUUUUACUUUUUCUUUUGUUGUUUGAUACUGUCACAUGACAGGAGGGCAUUUUUGAGGAAUUAUUCAAUCCCAAGGUAUCUGACACAUGCAUAUUUUAAAAGUCUUCUUAGUUAUCUUUAACUGCAUCUUCUUUUCAUUAUCCUUUGACUUCUUUUGGAAGUGAUGGUAUGGAUGUUACAAUUUUGUUUCCCUGUGGUACCUGUACAUGAAGUACAUUUCUUCCCGAUGUCUGCUAGCCAGACAGCUUCUCAUAGUCUAGAUCUCAUCUAACCAUCAUCAGUAUCUCAUUUUCAUCUUGGGGCAUAAGUUCUGCCUCCCUCCAGCAUCUUCAUCUACUUUGUAUGCUUGAUGAGAAGAAUAAGGAGAGAGAAACAUGGAAGUGUAAACUUCCUACUUAAUUGAUAUUCAGACAUUAUCUCUUCUUGGAAUUUCAUUCUCUCCUCCCCUCUCCUCCCUUUCUCCCCACUUCCAUUGCAAAGGUGUUGCUAGUACAAACUCAUUCAUUCUGUGAAAUCAUUUCCCUCCUCUUUCCCAACAUAUAUCUCCCUGUCUCUGGUUGUGAACCUCGUACUGCAAAUGUCCUGUGGAUAUAUGCAUUUUUGCCCUGGAUUGUUUGAUGUUAUGCAUAGCUUGCACUACCAGGCAAUCAUCUUUGUGUGAAGAAUCUUCAUUUGAAGUAUUACACUAAGAGGUAUUGAUAGGAGUAUGUGUCGUGUGUCCAUCACAUCUCAGUUCAGAGAAAGAAGCGAAGAACAGAGAGAUUGGAAGAUGAAAAAAUUGUCACCUGAAAAGACCUGAUAUUUGUUUUCCCCUCCUGUCUCAUGGGAAUGUUGUGCAACAGAAGGGAAUUUCUGCAGAUGUUUAUCCUAACACUGAUAGAGAAUAAAUAUGUC